AGGGAAGGGGUGGGGGAGGCAGCGAGGCAUCACACGACCACUGGGUACCAUUCGGCAGUCGUGCGGCGUGACGCUUGUGGCACUGUGCCUGUUCUCCCGUCCCUCGCAUUGUGGUGGUGACUGUGGCGCGCGAUGGCCGGCGAUUCUCAUGAGGACCCUGGCGGAGACACAGAGAGGGAUGGGAAGGUUGUGGAGACGCACAGCCGCCAUGCCUCCAUUGGGGAAGAGUCGCCCUCAUCCUCCUCGUCUUCCUCUGCUUCCUCUGAUGCUCCUGCCAGGCGGUUUUCGCUCCCUGCGGCAAUGCCUGCCGCGCCAGACAGUGUGGCCGCCCCUCUUCCUUUUGAGCACAGCCACAGGCGCCUCGACACAGUGGUUCCCGUCGGAAUGCUGGCUCCGCAGUACCAUUCCGGGUACCGCGCCUGCCCCCACCGUGCCCAUGUCCUGGGGGGCGGCCCGCCGUGUUAUUUGUGUUCUGUGCUUGAUGCGCCGCCCAAGUACCGCAAGAAGGAGGCCAAGGGCUGGCAGAAAGUCAAAGAAAAGCUGGCUCUGUUUUCUCACGGCCCUCCGAUUCCUUCGCAGGGAGGCAGGCCGCGGGACCAGGAGCCUCCUGCCGCCGUCUUCACCAUCAGCGAGUGGCGGCCCAGCAACACUACGGGCGUGGCACCCACAGAGGAAGUCCCUGCUUCUCUGAGUGGCUCGCCUGAUCAGAGGCGGGCGCAGGAGAGGGACAACCCUGCCUUUGACGCCCAAGACUCGGUAGAAGGCGGCGGUGAGUGCAGAGCUACGCAGGUCCCUUCCGACAGCGUCGCCUUUGGACACUCGUUCGCGCCCCAUCCUCCCGCCCUGAUUACCAACACACACCUGCCGCCCAUCCUGCUGCCACAGGACAACACGGAGGAAGAGCGCACCACCAAAUGCAGCAGACGUAUGGUGUGCCAACUCCUCUAUUCCUUCCUCCUGGCCACAGCAAGUAGCACGCUCAUCGUCAACUACGACCAGCCCAUCCUCGUCAUCAUCAGCGUCAUCGUCUUCCUCGCACUGUUCGUCUUCCUCCCCAUCAUCGCCGUCCUCGAGUGUCUCUUCCGCUGCAAGAUGGAGCGAGACUUCCGCCAAUACAUCAACGGCAUCAUAACUUCCUCCACGCCCCCAGUCACUCCCACAAUCUUCUAACACACGCUAAUCCUCAUCUCAUCCACACAUCAUCCACACCUCCUCCUCACCUCAUCCACACCUCAUCCUGCCCAUACUGCCAUGAGAGAGCGUAAGAAGUCACAUCGCGGAAACACCACUCGAGACCUCGCGAGCGCGAUGACAGCAAGGGCGAGAGUGGAAAUCGUGACAACGUAGGGAGAAGGAAUGCAAGGCUGUGAUGAUGUCGAGCUUCAGACCGGGAUUUGAGAAUGCGUACUUACUUU